AUGCCUGUUAUCCGAAGAAGCCUGCGGCCACCUAGGCCCAACGAGCCCUACUUAACGGAAGACCACAAUGUGAUCCGAAUGAUCAAAAGAGCUCUCUCGAGCGCUGAGCAGAGCAAUCGCGAUAAGCUUUAUAUGAUAGCUGCUGAAAUCGGAGUAGCCUAG